AAAUUACCCUCUUCUUUUAUGAUUCUCCUCUUUUCAAAUUUCAGCUAAGUUAUAAAGUACUUCACUCAUUCGUAUUAAGUAUAUAAUUACAUUGAACUUUUUCAGAUUUUCUGUCUUCAUCUGCAGCUCUAGAGCUUAUUAUUAAGGGAAAGGGAAGAAUGGGGAAGAGUUACCCAAGUGUUAGCAAGGAAUACAAGGAAGCAGUAGACAAAUGUAAAAGAAAGCUUAGAGCUCUCAUCCAAGAGAAGCACUGUGCUCCCAUCAUUCUUCGUUUGGCAUGGCACGCAGCUGGGACAUUUGACGUUCAGUCAAAAACGGGUGGUCCAUUUGGGACAAUAAAGAACCCACAGGAGCUGGCACAUGUUGCAAAUAAUGGCUUGGAUAUUGCUGUUAGACUACUGGAACCAAUCAAAGAGCAGUUCCCAAUCCUAAGCUAUGCUGACUUCUAUCAGUUGGCUGGAGUGGUUGCAGUAGAAAUUACAGGGGGGCCUGAGAUCUUGUUUCACCCUGGAAGACCUGAUAAAACUGAAUCGCCGCCAGAGGGUCGCUUACCUGAUGCGAAGAAAGGUUCUGACCAUUUGAGGGAAGUAUUUUACCGUAUGGGUUUGUCUGACAAGGAUAUUGUUGCUCUAUCUGGUGCUCAUACCUUGGGAAUGUGUCAUAAGGAGAGAUCGGGCUAUCAGGGAGCUUGGACUAACAAUCCUUUGAUCUUCGAUAACUCGUAUUUCAGAGAGCUUCUUACGGGAGAUAAAGAAGGUUUCAUUCAGCUGCCAUCGGACAAAGCACUCCUUGAGGAUGUAGCAUUUCGUCCCUAUGUUGAAAAAUAUGCACAGGACGAGGAAGCUUUUUUUGCGGAUUAUGCUGAAGCACAUUUGAAGCUUUCUGAGCUUGGAUUUGCAGACGAGGUAUGAGAACACUCAAAGGUGGAGUGCUAGUUUCGUCGACGAUAAUGAUGCAUCAUACUCAUAUCUCCUAUGCCUUGGUUGAAGUUAUUCUACUUUGUUGAACUAGACCCCCAACUAUCAUCUAACUAUGUGUGUUAUAAUGUAUUACCUCUGUUUCUAAAUAAUAAUUAUACUUUGACUUUUGAUACUA